AUGGCCACAUUCCCAACAACUGCUACCAGUGACGGGGGAUAUUCGCGACCCUGCCUACCACUCGGACGUCUAAUUCGAAAUGGCGGCACAAAUCCCAAGAGUCCACGACACAAACGUUGGGUUGCGAGCCCAACGUCAGUGAAACAUGUGUAUUUUGUUGGACAAGGGCAGCGACAAGGUUCGGAGAGGGACCGGAAUCAAGGGAAGUUGCAGUUCUCUGGUCUUCAGGGGCAUGAAGGCUCGAUCAAGACUCAAUGCUCGCAGCGGAUUGAAAGACUGAAGCUUACGGAGGAUGAACUCAGCUUCUGGAAUUUGAGGUGGCAUGCUCGCCAAGACGGCACCGCGCUGAUGUUUCCAAAUACAGAGGGUUAUUAUCCCGAAAGCUCGAUUCUCGAUGCCCGCCGGCACUUGAUAGGUGUUCGAUCUUCCGCCCCUGAGUCUUGGUUUUUCAAGGAUAAGAGCUUCUGCAACGUUCAGUGUACUUAGUUAAUAGAGUUAACUGCUGUGCGUGUAGUACACAAGUUACUACAUGGCAGCACAACUGACGCUUCCCGUUGAGUUAUAUGGUCGCUCUACUUAAGAUACCCACCGAGUUCAACCGGCUAACGGACGUGGACCAGUUACGCAUCUUUCAUUUGAAAAAACUGCUUCGCAGAACAGACAGAUGUUGGAGGCCCCUGAUGCAUACUUUUGUCCAGAGUACAGAGCAUAGGCUGUCGCUUUUCAAGGACGCUGAAACAUGCCUGAAAUCCGGAAACAAUGCCGGAAUUGCCUUUGCCAUGUGGAGAUCUGCCACUUGUUUUACGCAAUUGGGUACCCCGUAGAGGGCAAGGAUGUUAUGCACAAAUUUUGCUCCUCUGUUUUGAUGCUGUCGAGAUGUUUCCUCCUGUUCCCCCCGUCCUUUUCGGAGACUGGAAACUGAAUGCUUUGCCCAGGCAGAGAACAUUCAUCAAAGUACUCCGUCUUGCCUUUGAUUAGCUCUUUCCUGUACUCCGUACCCGUCACUAAUAUUGGAGAGAAUUGGCUAAGGAGAAUCGACCGCCUUGUGGUACAAGCAUGGCUUCUCGCCCGAUGGUUGAAUCGCAGUCAUCGCGGAUGCGGGAUAAAUACUGCCUGUUUGUUCCUUCCAGAGUGCUUAUCGAAAUCUAUCAACAUU